UUGGCUCCCCUAGUUUGUUUCGUUUUUUACUUUUUGCGUCUGUCUAACCUUUUUUAUUGGCUGAUUUGCAUGGCUUUUCUAGAUUAUUCUUGGUGAUCUCUCUGCCUCGCUUUUUUUCUUUUAAUGUUUUAGCUGGACCAAUUUGAAACUAUCGAGCCUUUUUUUUUUUUCCAAAAUUUUCUUCUCCCUACUUUGGACGGUGUUGGUUGAUUGUUCGUGAACUACAAUUCAGGCAUGGUGUGAAUUUAAGAGAGUGGAGAUGGGCGUCGCUGAUCUUUCCGUUGAGUUGAUGUCUCUACUUUGUUGCUGUCGCUUAAAUCCCAUUAUUAUUCUUUUCUUUCGUAUCCUUCUUUUAGUCUAUAACGGAAAUCUUCUUCUUGGUGUCAUCCGUUACUGGCUGUGGUUGCAGCUGGACUGAGUUUUGAUCUUUGAAUAUUUUGUGUUACUUUUUUAUUACUUUGUUUCAAAUUUUCCAGAAAGACUCACUGAUGUCUUUGUUUUUUUGGGUUUAUGUGGUCAGUUUUCUGAAGUUACUCGGCACUUCUAUCAUAGGUUUUUCUAUCGGGCACAGGCGACCAUACUUUAGUAUUGAUGCGUCUAUUUUGCAAGCAUUUGCUUUACUUGGAGGAAAUUCUUUGUUUUCGUCCUCUCCUAUGAUGAUAAAUCAAAGUUUUUAUGCGUAAACGGUGUCAAAUUACAGAGGCUCUUUAUUGAUGCUUCAAUUUAUGUGGAACCGAAAAUUUUAUGAAGACAUGGCUCGUGUGUUUCAGUGUCUGUAUGUCUUUGUAUAUUAGUUUUUCUAAGAUAUGAUGCCUUUUGAACGAGCAGGACAUACUGGAUCUUAUUUUUAGUAACUUCGGAAUUUUGAGCUCAUGAAGCAAUUCUUGUUUGGGGUUCAGUGUCAAUUCCUGUAGUGAGAAACUCUAAUAUCUUGGCUCUGUGUCAUGCAACAUUUUUCUGAGUUUUGGACCUUUUGAGGAUUCCAUGGCACCUCGUUGAGUGUUUGGAAAUAGAUGGGGAAACAGAACCUGAUAAUCUACUUUUAACUGGAAAUUGGUGAAAAUGUACUAUUCUAUAUGCAACAAGAGAAUAAAAAUUGGACAUAGAUCAAAUUCACAGGCGAGUUCUCCCGCUUGAGCCGACAGUUACUUCUGCAACUUUGAAACGUUGCUUCAUCGUUCAUUCCUAUUUCAGUUUACAUCAUUUGAUUACAAUGAAUUUUUAUCAUAUCUAGACAGUGCUUCAUCAUUUUGCGUGAAUAUCUCCUGCCAAGCCUCCUGUUCCAUAUGCUUCAUCGUCAUGUUGUUUUUACCAUUGCAAGGGAGAUAUUCUGACUCUGCUAUAGACCGGUUUCAGAUUUAUUAGCAAAGGAUGACUACAUUUUCAACGCAGGAUUAAACCGGCUUACAAUUUGCUGAAUUUUCUUUAAUGUCACCGCCUCUCGGCCAUGUGGAAGAAGGACGUUGCGAGGUCCAUUUGCAGGUUCAUGCCACUUCGUCUGAUCGCAGCAGCCAGAAUUUUCCUGUAUUGACCGAGCACAACUACAUGAGGCUGUCAGACUCUUCUUCAGGUGAUAGCUCUGUGGCGACAACCGGCGUGGAUGAAAAAGGUGACGGCUUAAACCUGAAAGCCACGGAGCUCACUCUUGGCCUUCCUGGCUCACGGUCCCCUGUCAGAAGUCUUGAUCUCUCCCUGUUAAGCAAUGCUAAGUAUAGGGAGAAGAGCGUCUUAUUUCUAGAUCCUGCAGAAGAAGGAAUUCCGGAAGCGAAACAGUUGAGCCGGAAUAAUCGCCUAACCUUGCAGACUCGAUUAUCAGGUAAUAAGAGAAGGUUUUCUGAUGCAAUGGAUGGGUACCCCACAGCCAAAAGCAAUGUGUUCGUGGAGGGAAAAUUGUUGCUGUCAGGUACAGAUUAUGAAACUGAAAUAGCUGAAUCUUCUCCAGAUGGGAGGUUCAUGGGCAACUCCGAAUUGGAGUUGAUGUCCGUUGAUGUAAAGGCAGGCUCGGAUACCUGGCAUGCAGAUGGCAGAGGCCAUUCAGGAGCAGUAAUUCUUUCACCAAGACCUUCACACAAUCUCUUGGCAAAGAAUAUUUCUGUUAAAAACCAUCAUGGAACACCUCCUUGUCUGGUGAAAGAGAAUUUAGCUCUAAAGAUUUGUCAAGACAGACCCCAUGUUUCUAAAGAGUUCAACGCUAACAGUACCAGUCCUGCAGACGACUAUGGGUUUGGUCUUGUGGCAAAGGAGCAAGUCGUUGGAUGGCCUCCAAUCAGAUCGUACCGAAAGAACACUUUGGCUGCAAACUCAAAGGUUAAGGAUGAGGUUCAAGGAAAGCCUAGUUCAGGACCUUUGUUUAUUAAGGUCAGCAUGGAUGGUGCUCCAUACUUGAGGAAGGUAGACCUAAAAACCUGUGCGACAUACGAUGAACUCUCAUCCUCUCUUGAGAAAAUGUUCAGCUGUUUUACCAUUGGUCAGUUUGGCUCUAACAGGGUUCCUAGUAGGGAUGUGUUGAGUGAGAGUAAAUUGAUGGAUUUUCUUCAUGGGUCAGAAUAUGUUAUUACGUACGAAGAUAAAGAUGGAGACUGGAUGCUUAUUGGCGAUGUUCCAUGGGACAUGUUCGUUGGUUUCUGUAAGCGGAUUCGCAUCAUGAAAGGUUCUGACGCCAUUGGCCUCGCCCCAAAGGCCAUGUUGAAAAGCCACAGCUGGAAUUAGUUGGAAGAUCCCUUGAUCAUGGCUGCUUGCUUCAUCUGGUGGCUAAUGAUAGCGUCGCAUGAAACAAACCUGGCUAAUGUUUAUCCAACUUACCAGGCUGAGGGCAUGAGCAUUGUUUCAAUUAAAUUGAUGCUCGAGGGCGAUCCUUUAGAUGCUUCAUUCUGGUAGCAGCUUAUAAACGAAGUUUUGCUAUUUUUUUUUUAAUGAAAUUCAGAAUGAAAAUGAGGCCUUCAAACACAGUAUGCUACAUGGGUCCUCCUCGCUUGUUCCCUUUCAAUGGAUUGUACACCGCUUUGAGCAUGAUC